UGCACCACUUCUUGAAACAAGAAGAACCAGCAGAUUGUAACGGGCAAGUUCAAUUUGCAGAUUACAAAAAUCUCUCUCUUCUCCCCAGUGACAUAGAGAAGAGGAAUUGAGAGGUAAUUCGAAAGAGCUCCCUAAUUUAUGAUGCAAUUAAUCCCUAUUAAAACUUUUGCAAUCACACUAAUGUUGGGAUUCACACUUGUAAUUCUCUUCCUAACAGAUUUUAUCGAAUUCCCAUCUGCCAAUUCUGCAAUCUCACCACCCAAAAAUUCACUAUUAACAACCCUUUCAUCAAAAUCCACGGCCCCAGACCCAUUUAGGGAUCUGUUUAAAGCGUACAGGAAGUGGGAUUCUCAAGUCGGUUGUGAUCGAUUCAGAGAAAAGCACAAAGAGGGUUUGGGAAAUGGGUCAAUGUCCUUGCAAGAUUUUGAGGGCGAAUAUCAGUGUAGUAAGUUGAAGAUGAAGCAUGUAAGUGUUUUGGUCAAAGGGUGGACUUGGAUUCCUGAUAAUUUGGAUAAUUUGUAUAGCUGUAGAUGUGGGUUGAGCUGUUUGUGGACCAAAUCUUCUGUUCUUGCUGAUAAACCUGAUGCCCUUCUGUUUGAGACCACGACUCCUCCUCUUCAGAGGAGUGAUGGUGAUCCACUUCGUGUAUACAUGGAUCUGGAAGCCAGCAGGAAGAGAUCAGGCUGCGAGGACAUUUUUAUUAGUUAUCAUGCUAAAGAUGAUGUCCAGUCAACAUAUGCCGGAGCACUCUUCCACAACAACCGAAAUUAUCAUUUAUCUUACACCAAGAACAAUGAUACUCUUGUUUAUUGGUCCUCAUCACGUUGUCUUCCUCGAAGAAACCAACUUGCCAAAACCCUACUCAAAUUGUUACCGCACCACUCAUUUGGCAAAUGCUUGAACAAUGUUGGAGGAGUCAACCAGGCACUGUCCCUCUAUCCCGACUGUGUGAAGGACAGCAAUGAAGAACCUAAAUGGUGGGAUCAUAUACAUUGUGCCAUGUCCCAUUAUAAGUUUGUGCUUGCAAUUGAAAACACAGCGACGGAGAGUUAUGUGACAGAAAAAUUAUUUUACGCUCUUGACUCUGGAGCAGUUCCCAUAUAUUUUGGCGCCCCUAAUGUUUGGGACUUUGUACCUCCACAUUCGAUCAUAGAUGGGACAAAAUUCUCUUCCGUGAAGGAACUGGCUUCUUUUGUCAAGGCCUUAGCUAAUGAUCCUGUUGCUUAUGCGGAGUAUCAUGCAUGGAGGAGAUGCGGCGUUUUAGGUAAUUUUGGGAAGACCCGUGCAACUAGCCUUGACACAUUACCCUGCAGACUAUGUGAGAUUGUGAGUAGAAAAAACGGGAGGAAUGCACGAGUACGGUAAAAACUAGGUGGGUUUUUAUGGGUAGUUUUGAUGCGAGGAUCAUGCUACUUAAUAGCUGAUUUAGUUUCUCAUUGUAAUGUUAGUGUAUAUACUAUCUGAAAAUUGUGAUGUUGUAGAAAUCUGAAAAUUGUGAUGAUGUAGAAACUAGAAAGAGUUGAAAUGAGAAAUAAAUUACAUGGAUAUUUUGCUUGUUUUCA